GCUAAGCGCACCAAGAAGGUUGGCAUUGUGGGGAAAUACGGGACCCGUUACGGUGCGUCCCUAAGGAAAAUGGUGAAGAAGAUUGAAAUUAGCCAGCACGCUAAGUAUACCUGCUCCUUUUGUGGCAAGACCAAAAUGAAGAGGAAGGCUGUGGGUAUCUGGCACUGCGGAUCCUGCAUGAAGACAGUUGCUGGUGGUGCCUGGACGUACAAUACCACCUCUGCAGUGACAGUCAAAUCUGCGAUCAGAAGACUGAAGGAAUUGAAGGACCAGUAGAAGCUACAUCCUGUUCUCCUUGUGCAACAUCCUUUUUUUCCACUGUCGAGAUCUGUCCUUUUAACAAUAAAAAGGUGAUAACGGAGUGGAA